UUUGAUAACCCCAUAUAACGUUAGGUGUUGACUGGGGGAGGGUACAGUAGGACACAGUGUCACACACCGAGAGCCUCCUGUCAAAUAGAAGAUGGAGCAAGAGGAACGCUUAGAAUGUAAUUAUCUCAUCGGGAACAGACUUGGUGGUGUGUAUAGCCUAAAGUGUAUAACAUACUGAGAAGAGUCAGCGUUAGCCAGAGAGGAGAUGGAUAGGAAGAACACAAAAGCUGUGUUUCAUUCAAGAGACAAGACAUAUGUGUUUCUGUGGACCUACAGCCAGUUUCAGCAGGAGCAGACAGAGUGGGAUGCUGUGAACAGACUCCUCCAGCACCAUGGGUUCAAGCCGGUACACUUUGCCGAUCCCGUCGAGAAUAAGAACCUUGCAGAUUUGGUUCUUCUGGAGAAGAAGUCUGCCCGUGACAUCAGGACAAUGCUGCGGACGAUGCUUACAGACUCGGACAGGAGACAGACCUUGAUUCAGGAGCUCAUCCAGUCCAACAACCAACUUAAAGAGGAGGCUCAGCAGCACGUUAGCCGCGCUGCCCGUCAGUCCCAGAGGGUGACCGAGUUGGAGGGAGUUCUGGACGGGGUGAAGAGCAAGCUGCAGGACCUGGAAGACGGUUACAUUGGCAAGGCCGCGCAGCAGCACAGCAAAGUGCACCAACUUCAGCAGGACAAGAGAGAUGCACAGAAACGCUGCCAGGGCCUGGAGCAGAAGCUGUCUGAGGAGAAAGAUGUGACUUCCCAGCUGCAGAGGAAGCUCUACUUCACUGUGACAGAGGAAGAAAAGCGGGUUGCUAGGCAGAACCAGGUGUUUCAGCAGAUCCACAAGAGAUCAGCUCGGCCCAACUCACCAGUGGACCAGCAGGUGUUGGAUGUAAUUGACAUCUAUGAGGCCCAAAUGGAACAGCUCCGCGAUGAUAUCAAGUCCCUCAAAGGAGAGUCUGGGGGAUCACAAACAUCUGACCAAUCGCAGAGCAGCAUGAGAAGCAACACCGGGGUCUCCCCCAAUCACAAAGCUCUCCUGCAGUCCUAUCAGGAACAGUUAAAGGACACCAAAGCGCAGAGGGUGGAGCUUAGGAAAGAAAUUCAGCAGUUGAAGCAAGACUUGGAAUCUAGGCCCACAGUGAAAGAGCUGAAGUCAUACAAAGAACAACUGAGACGCAUGGACAGACUUAUUCAGCGGAAUAACAUGAGGUCUGCUCGGGAGUUUAAAGAAGAGGAGAGUGCUGCUCUGAGUAACCAGGAGGUGGCGAAGGCAAGGGCCUUGGCUGCCAGGCACGAGAAGGUUCUGAAUGACAUCAGAGCGGUUUUGACUACUUCCGGGGCUCCACUGAGGCUCCAUAGAGCGAGGCCAUCAACCAGUCAUCAGUUGUCCAACGGGGCCUCAGAGAUGGUCGAGUUUGACGAACUCCUCUCAUCUCUGGAGAUGUGGGCUGACCAACUGGCUUCACUGAAGGACCUGCACUGUGCCUUGAGUAAGUUGAUGCUGAGACUGUUACCAUGGCAGCCAGCAGGCGCUAAUAGUCUUACGGAAAGUGUUCGAGUGGAGGACCUUAUGCUAUUGGUGGACACACUGCUAGAGGAGACCAACUCUGGGGAGGAUAAGGUGUUGAGGAGCCCCACUAAGAACACUCUCCAGUCCAUGGUGUCCCACUUCCAGAAGCUGUUUGAUAUAACCUCCCUCAGCGGGGUGUAUCCACGCAUGAACGAGGUCUACACCAGGCUUGGGGAGAUGACCAACGCUAUGAGGAACCUGAGGGACAUCCUGGCCCUGGACGACAGAGCGCCCCCUAGUGAGGUGGUAAACCAGGUAGCCAGUCUAGUCAACUCCCCAGAGGCCACGGUUGGCCACGUCCUCCUGGGAACCAGUGAUAUUGACAGUAUUAUUUUGAAGGUAAAGGAACAUGAGGAGUUCUUCCCUGCAUUCUACUUUUUGGUUCAGGAGCUGCUCCAGACUCUCGAUGUUGACUGUCUGGAUGACAUCAUGCCCGUUCUGAGGUCACUAAAGUCAAGAGCAGAGUAACACCGGUGCUUUGUAAUUAUGUUUUUGUGUAUUUGCUGGAGUGAUUUUAUGGAGUUUCUUUUAUUUUAUUGUCCUUUUCUCCCCAAUUUCAUGGUAUCCAAUUGUUAGUAAUUGCUAUCUUGUCUCAUUGCUACAACUCCCGUACGGGCUCGGGAGAGACGAAGGAAACACAGUGCACCUGGCGACCUGGUUAGCGUGCACUGCGCCCGGCCCGCCCCAGGAGUCGCUAAUGCGUGAUGAGACAAGGAUAUCCCUACCGUCCAAUCCCUCCCUAACGGCUUGGAGUUGUACUUUUGAUAUGUAAAUAAACAAGAUUAAUUAAUA